AUGACCACCCUACCUUCGUUUUGCGAGCUCAUGUCAUCUCUCGGUCUGGAAAACGAGGUGCUUGCACCUGCGUACGAGCACCGGCGCCCUUCGUCUGCUCAGUCCAUGGCGGCGUCUUCGCCCUCGUCCUCGGUGUCUUCUUCUCCUUCCCAAUCUCAUCCCAAGACUCCGCAAAUGAACUUGCACCCAAGAGAGUCUCCAUCCAUCAUCGUAUCCCCAGUGGACGCGCAUCCGUACUCCUCAACCACGCGACGUGGGAGCGUCGGCACUCGCUAUCGGUAUAACCCGUAUAGCACUAGCCCGUCGUAUGGCCGCAGGGGGAGUGUCGCAUCGUCUACGGACGACGAACCUCGCCCGAAGUCGCGCAGUCAUUCUCGGUCUCCCGAGUUAGACGCGGCGCGCGUUGCCAUGAAGGUCGCCUCGAGUCGCAAGCCUCCCGCCCUGCGCCUCGACGCCACGUACCGCCGUGACAACGGAUUCAUGGCAGACGAGCUGCUCACCGGCAGCACACCGAUCUCGAGCCUUGCUCGUCGCAAAUCCCCACAGGCAUCGCCAACAUCUGCGGUGUUCCCACAACGCAGGGGGAGAACAGCAUCGCCCGCUCCGUUGAUGUCGGUCGCCAUUCCGACGAUUCCCCAGUUAAUCUCGCCCACCUCCAGCACAUUCGCAGAGGCAUCACAGCAUCCAGCGAUGGCGGCUGGCAGUCCUCUGCCCGACACGGCGUCACAUUUGGCCUCGCGUCGUCCGCACCCCACGGGCGUCCGACUUUCAGCCUACUCCACCCUCCAUCGCCCGGAGGAUAGCCCGCACCGCCGCAGCGCAUCAGCUGCCAUAUAA